AUGCCGUCCAAUAAAACAGAACAUAAGCGCAAGCGCUCAUCGGACAAUGGUCGUCCAAGCAAAAAGGCUGCGCUGCACCAGUUGCCCGCGCUGGCCGCCAGCGUUGUUGAAGAUAAGAGCGAGCUGGCACCGAUAAUUGCCGACACACCCGGACUCCAAAGCUCGAAAUCCCUCCGCUGGGACCCAUAUAUCAGAAGCCGCGCCAAUGUCUCCAAGUCUGCGGCGUCAACUCGGAACCCAGGCAUCGUCUCUUCAGAGAUACUGCUGCAGUCCUCGGACCACGCCAAGCUGGACUUUGUCGGCCGUGAAGGCACAGGAGACGACACCGACUCGCAUGUGAAGCACUAUGUCGCAGUCAUAGACCCAGAGCACAAGACAUGGAAGGUCGUGGAGGUACGACGAGCGACACUGCGAGGAGCAGUGAGAAGCCGUAGGUCCGAGGAAGACUCAGACGAAGAGAUGAACACCAUGCGUGCCCAACGCACAGCGCUAACCAACACCUUCGGAACCAAACAAUCCCGCAAGGCCGUGCAAUCCAUGGCCGAGAACGCCCAGCUCUCCAAUGCCCCCACCGGCGCCGUCCCGCAAGCCGGCGCAGCCCCUCAUCUCCUCGCUACCGGCAAACACAGCCUCCGGCCACGCCAAGGCUCUCGCCAUGCAAGCCGAAGUGCAAGCCGCCAAACCCCUCCCAACGCCGAACCUCGCGGAAGCCACUCAACCCUCAGCCAACUAAACGGCGUAGACGAGUGGAAGACGCAAGUGGAAGCCGGACUCGGCGUGACGACCGUCUCCCGCUACGUCUCGAACCGUGUGGGCGCAGUCGUCAACUCCGACAACACAACCCAUCUCCAAGUCCUCCGCUUCAUCCAGCUACUCAUCGAGUUCGGACGCUCUCUCAAAAACGCAGGCGCGAAUGCCAAGGGCGGUGGUCCGGGCAGCAAGCGUCUCCCGCCCCGCGAAGACCUCCGUCGCAUCCUAUCAAACACCACCGGCUCCUCCGUCACGAAGCCCAAGCCCGGCGCCGCUGCAGAGCCUGCUUCCACGGAUCUCCUCCCGGAGUCUGUUAUCGAUGCUGUUCGUCGUCGUUUCGCGCCUAGCGGUGGCUACGUCUCCAAGAACGACUUCACGCUCUUGCACACUACUAUCUGUGCGCUCUCGCUGCAUAUCCCGCCCCAGCCGGCGCGCGAUGGUGGCUCCAGCUCGCUUGGUGGUAAUGCGCCCAAUGAGCUUGCUACGGAUCCUUCUGAUCUGCGUGAUGAUCUGCGUCUUGACCCCAAUACUAUUCACCAAUACUUCCGUGAGCUUGGUUGUCGUAUUGAUAAGCCUCGUGAGACCGAGUUCGCGAAGUGGAAUAUCAAGGGUGGCCGUGCCGAGGCGCAUGCCCGUCGUGUUGCUCGCUUGCGUGUUCCCGUUGAGUUCCCUAAGGUUAGCCGCGGUGGUCGCAAGUAG